AUGGUUGGUAUGAGCAACUUUGUCCUCAAUUCUUCCACGCUGGAGCAGAUGGUCGGUGUAAAUCGGGGCGCUAGCGCCGAUCCGGAGCAGCCCACACGCGAUGCGGACCGGCAGGCCCUGAUGGACGAACUGCUGGCAACGAUGCGCCAAUGCCAGCAGCGGUACGGUAGCCACACAAAGCUAGCCACCGAGGAGGACUCACUCAUCAGCAACCUGUGCGACGUGUGGGAGCGUGUGCUUUCGCACGGGCUUCGCACCACCACCUGGAUCCCGUUUAACUUUCUCGAAUAUUUUGGCCCACCGGAAGGAAGACCAGCCGUCGAACGGCCCUGCUUUUGGGACUUUGCCUCCAAUCACCUGACACGCGACGAACGCGAUCGGUUCUGCGGACUGCAGCACAUCGUUACCCGGCGCGGACGGGCGCGCGCCCUACUACGUGCAUUCCUCAACGAGCACGCACUCGAACGGUACGUGCUGAUGUGGAUAAGCGAUGCGGACCUGCUGGAAACACACUACGAACCGUGGGCAAUGUUACGGCAGCCCGAGGUACAAUCACUCCUGCCGAAUGUGGCCGCCGGCCUAGGUACUAUACUGUUUGCGAUCGUAAUUGAUCGACCGGAGUUAAACCGAAUCGGUACCGGUCGUGCGGUGCUGGAACCGAAACCGGAACCGAUUAUCGCUACCCGUAGGCCGAUCGGUCCGGCACGCAAGGUGAAUGCGGUUCAGCGGGAAAUACUCGAAGACUCGGUUCCGCGGCAAUUAACACCCCCAAACACAAUCGUACGGAGAGCGAUCGAGCAAACAAAAGUAACAGCGACGACACUCAACGAUACUACCAGCACCGGUAGCGUAGAUUCGCCACGGGAAGAGGUACCGUACACGGUAACGGAGGUGGUUCACCGGUUUCCGGACGAACUACCGACGAACUACUCGGAUAAGGCGGGUUCGGAACCGCCCACGGUGGAAGUAGCGGAGGAUAGCAUUCUGAACUACUCAUCGGCUAGUGCUACCACCAGCUCCAUCUCGACCUCAGGUAGUUCGUUUUACGGUGAUGGCCGGGGAACCGAGGAAGAUGCUGGCUCGAAUGUUGCUUGUCGGAACCGAACCCGGUCGGGAUCGUUGGUGUACGGUGAGCAAUGUGUAGCGUCGCCUGAUCAUCACACCAGUACAGCGGACGAACAGAUAAAGCGAAGAAAUCAAGAGCUCGAGGAACGUUGCCAUCUGCUAGAGUCGCGUGUUGCUGCCCUAAGUCUCGAAAAUCAUCGGCUGCGUAUGUUAACCCGCUCCAACCGGCUGUCGGUGGCAUUCUUCAGCUUCAGCAUCCCGAAAGCAAUACAGCGUACCUCCGACACUGGGCGAUCGCGGCGCCCUUACCACGUGUACGAGAUACGCAUCACACCGUCCGGCGUGAGCGGUUCGCCGACGGGCAACGAAAGUUGGUGCGUGUACCGACGGUACAACGAAUUUUACCGACUGCACCGACGUCUGCAGAAACUGUAUCCCACCGUGAAAACGCUUGACUUUCCACCGAAAAAGAAGUUUGGCAAUAUGAAUGCGGAUCUCGUGGAGCAACGGCGCCAGCGGCUACAGGUGUACUUGAACGGGCUGUUUGUGUCCGCCCUGCCGGAGGUACUUUCGUGCAACACACGGGUCCAGCUGGAGCAAACCUUUCCCUUUCUAACGGACCAUUCGGUAUCUGCUGGUGCAGGAAGCAGCACCUGA